UUUUGAUUGGUUAAAGACUGUCAGCCGAGAUCCAAGACUACUCUGUGGCGUGAUAAAGUCGGUCAGCUAUCUUUCGAUGUGUUUUUGUCAGCUGUUAUGGUGGAAAGAUAUCUCACCAUUUAGAAAUGUUGUAACUUGUAGUCUGAUGUAGUUAAGUGACACCAGAGGAUCUUUUCACAUUCCAUGACCUUGUGCUGUAGCAUGUAGUGUUUUGCAAUAACAUAUCAUUUUCUUUAUGAUUUUUGCUGAGGUUGACGCAAUUAAUUGGUAAUUGGCGUACUUUGACUUUCUUCUGUUCGAAAGUCUCUGAUUUGAAUCUCAUUAUUGUUCAAGCAAGUAGCCAAGUAGGUAAUCCAUACACAAUAUUUAGUAAGUUAUUAACUAAGCCAUCUUAUUUUAAAAGGAAAUACUUUUCUGGUGACAUAUUUUGUAGUUCCAGUUGUAUUAUUAAAUUAUUUUAAGUCUCAAACUAAAGUUCAUGGACAUGACAUGAACUGCUUAAGUCGAGUAAGCCUAACUUUAAAGCCAAGCUAAGAAAACUGCCUGGCCUUGACUCUGCUGGCUUUGAGUUAUAUUAAAUUAUUAUUAUAUUUUACAUCACAUGCCUAGUUAAAAGUUACAUUUAUUAUGUCCCAUAUGCAUACCAUAUUAUAUAAAUACUAUUAUUAUAAGAAGAAAGAGGGCUUAUUGUUUAUAGUUUAUUUGGCAUUCACCUGAGUGAAUCUGCUGGCCAUUUUCCAAAAUGAUACAUAAUAAUAAUAAUAAUACAUCAUACUUUUACACUGCACUCAAAUCUGUCAAAUCCAAAUUUAGAUUUCUCAGGAAAGUGAGACUUCCAUUUGUUCUUUUGCUUGGGCUUCUUUAAACAUUUGUGCAAUAAAUGAUGCAUUCAUUACUAAGUCUAAGUAAUAAUUAAAUAAGCUACUGUAGUUGUAGAUUGUAAUUGUAGGUUAUAAUUAUUAUAACAUAUUAAAACUAGUUAUGGUAUAGUUAUAAUUAUAAGUCAAGUUAUACUAGUAUAAAGCCUAUUUCUUUGGUUUCUGAAUCCAGGUUAUCAAUCAUCAAUGAUACAAAUAGACUCUUUGCUUGAACUUAGUCUUUAUUAUUAAAACUGACUCAAGAGUCUUAGUAAUAAUAAUUAUAGUUCCAUCAUGAUCAUGCCUUCAAAAGGGGCACCACAACAAUGACAAUCCUCUAAGUAUUAUGGUUUUAUGACUAAUUUAGAUGUGGUACCAAAACCAAUAUGAUUACAUAACUUUAAAAAAAAAAUAUUUGUAUAUUCUUCCAGGUCAGGUUCCUCAUGGGCAGCAUAAAGAAUCUAGUAGCCAGGGGCUCAGUCCUUUUUCUUAUUGGUGUUUUCUUUGCACUUGUGCUUAACCUACUUCAAGUUCAACGACAAGUAACUGUUUUUCCACCAGAAGUCCUUGCCAGUUUAUUUUCAUCUGCUUGGUGGGUUCCACCCAGUUGUGGCACUGCUGCAGGUAUAUUAUCUUUAUAAUAUUAAUAAUAAAUAAACCUAAUUAGUGAAUUGAUAAAAUUUAUAUAUAGCGGUAAAAUAUUGAUUGGAAAAAAAUUAUUAACUAUAUUUAUUGAAAAUUCGCAAUUCAUUUUAAAAAAAUAUUACUCUGUUCUAUAAAACACAAAAUAUUAAAAUUGCAGUGAUAUGAUGCAAUUUUUUUUUUUUUUUACAGCUGUGAUUGGACUGCUAUACCCAUGCCUUGAUAAGCAGUUAGGAGAAGAACUACGUUACAAAAGAGAAUGGAGUAGUGUAAUGAGAUGUGUGGCUGUAUUUGUAGGAAUAAACCAUGCUAGUGCUGUAUCCUUCAAAAAAAUUCCUUAUUUAAAUUAUAGUACCAUUUCAUCUCAACUAAGGCAACUUUUUCUAAUCAUAUUCUUUUGUUAACCUGUUUAAGUGGUGUGAGCUUAAUUUUAGCACUUUUAUUAAUAAACUUGAAUUUUAUAUUUUAAAAAGGAAGAUGUUAGCCAAUGCCCGUAUGUUUGAAUUUUGCCUUAACAUGCUUCUCAGAAAAUUGACUUUGCCAAUAACAUCCAGCUCUCUGUUAGUUUGGCAGCUAUGUCUAUUGGACUUUGGUGGCUGUUUGAUAGGUCUAGAUCUGGAUUUGGUCUUGGUGUAGGGAUUGCAGUGCUGGCUACAUUUGUCACUCAACUUCUAGUCUACAACGAUGUUUACAGGUAGGAAAAUGUUUCUUCAAAAUACACAUUUAAAUGUUCCUUUCCUCAUAAAGAUCAGAGGUCCUGAAAAUAGUCUUUUGUUGAUUUUACUUCAUAUACCGGUAUUAUUAUAGAUAUAGUGAGACCAAAUUUUUAAAUUCUUUAUUGUCCUUUGUUACAGAGUAUUUGCAUGUGAGAAUUAUAUAUUGGUUUGUUGUUAUUUUUUAUAUGAAAGUAAGUUUUUGACAUCAUCUAUCAAACAGAUAUACUGAGCCAGACUUUCUUUUUGUAAGAUCAUGGCUUCCCUGUGUCUUUUUUUCUGGUGGAGUAACAAUGGGCAAUAUAGGCAGGCAAUUGGCCUCAGUAAGUUCAGUAAGUUGGUUUCUUUUUAUGUCUUUUUAAGCAAUUUCAAUGUUUUUGUUAAAAAGGGUUUCACCUAGUGUUUAUCUCAAAGCACUCGAUUUGGAAUUUUAACCCAUUUAUUUGUAUGCCUUUUGGAUAACUCAUUUAAAUUUUCUUUAUAAAUGAUAGACAGGUGAGAAUAAAUAUUUAGAUGCUCACUAAAAAUGUUCUUAUUUUUUUUUCUUUUCAGUAUGAUGGUGACUCAAACAUUGAACAAAGAGCCAAAAAGGACUGAAGCCAGUCAGCUCAUUUGUAUUUUGGAUCAUUUGUGAGAAAAUUGAUCUGCAGCUGGUAGCUACCUGAACCCCAGCAUAUUUUGCAGAUAUGCUUCCUGUAAUUCCUAUGCAAUGGCUAACUACAACCAUGUAUGUUGAUUAUGCAUCCUUCCACAACACCUUUAAACCACAUUUACCCGAGUUCCGGUGUUUGUGUUGGUGUGAAUGUUGCUACAAGACAGUCUUGUAUGGUUUUGUGAAGUAUGACUUCAGUCCUAUGAAGUUUCAUCUCUGAAAAAAAUCUUACUCCCUAUAAAAACUGCUUCUUAAAUUAUAAUUUUUUUCAACAACUCCAAUAUUAAGUCUUGAAUUUGACUCGGUGAAUAAUUUAAUAAGCCCAUGUGCUAUCUGCAUGUUGAAAGAGUUUUAUCAGUGCUGGAAUUAAUUCCUAUUAAGUAAGAAUGCUGUGCAUCUGUGUCUGGUUAGAAUUGAUUGAGGAAGACCCUAUUUUAUGUUAAAAUUGAUGGGUAAUUUAUCAAUCAUUUGAGUUAUGUAAUAAUAUUAUUUUUUUUUUUUUCCUUUUGCUGAAUAUGUGUAAAAUGUAAAAAAUAAUGAACUUUUAAUGACCAUAAAUUGUGCAUUUGAAUCUCUGGUAAUAAUAAGCCCCAAUAAUGGAAUCGUCCCCAAUAUUGAAAUCGUCCCCAAUUUUAAAUUCAUUGGCUCCAUCAUUCUUACUUAUAAUUUUUUUUUUUUGUUAUAUGAAUGGAUAAUUAAGAGUUUUCUAGUUUGUCAACUGUAGUCUGUAGUAAGCAAUAAAACAUUCAAUUUUUUUCUUUUUUUUUUAAUCUGUAAUAAACUUUGAACACCUGGUUGAAGCAAAAUUAUUUUUUUUAUAAUUUUAUUUUUAUUUAACCAUAAUGGGUUUUUUGAGUUUAAAGGAAUAAAAAAAAAAUUUUUUUAAGGAAAUUAAAAAAAAAAAUAUUUGUUAUGUAAAAAUUAUCUACCUUGCUUCUUGUUUGAGAUUUGAGAUGUCCUUGUGUACAAAAUUUAAAUUUUAGUUGGACACUCACAAAUUCAUUGAAUUUAAUUCUUUCGAAUUUUUUGGCAAAUAUUGCUUUAAUUUUAAGAUCUUAUUCUCCUAUAAAUUUUUUUUUACAGUAUCGGGUGUAAGAAUUGGGAAAAUUACUGGGGGUAUUAAUUGCCACCUUGUUUUUCCCAUUAGUUUUAUGUUCAUCAGCAUUAUAGGAAUGGACCAUAACAGUAACCCUAAAGUUCUUGGUAUAGAUUGUUUCUGCCAUUGAGUUUUGAUAGCUAUUGCUAUCAAUGGAUUUAUUACAUGUUCAAACUAUUGUUUCCUACCCUCUUAAUGAGGGGGUUGGUUUUCCUGUCAUCUCAGACAUGCAUAGAAUACAUAAAACAUGUUUGCUUAAACUGGGAGAUGUUGGCUCACCUAAUAAAUCCUGUCCCUUUAAUACACUCGGCAUGAUAGAUUUGUUACUUAGUCAAUGAUUACAUGUAAACCUGCUUGGCCAGGUGGUGUCUAAAGGCAGUGAAAGAGCUAAAUAAUAAUAGUGUGGCCAUGAUAAUUUCAUUUUAAUGAACUCUUAGUGUAGAUCACAUUGUUAUUACGACCUCCCUUUAAGGGGGACCCUGUCAGACUAUUCCAUUAAUCUUUACCCCAUUGUCUCAUUCUCAAUGUUUGUUUGUUUUAAUGGUUUAUAAUGUUUUAUGAUUUAGCUUUACAUGUAUUUGUAAAAAAAAAAAUGUAUGUUCCUAUUGCAUUUGUUACUUGGAAUUGUUGAAAUAACAUUAAAUGUAUGGUUUGGUAUUUGCCAACUUUAAUGACAUAAGACUUGAAUUUAUAAUGUUUAAAAAUGUUUAUGGUAAACAUUUCUUGAACAUUUUUGGUCAUUUCGUCAGUUUAUGUUUCACUCAGGGUUAUUUUAGUUAAAGUUUUAUAAAGGAAAGAAAAACCUUUUAAAAUUUAUAUCACCAUAUAUCCUUUCCAAGAGUAAAAAUCCAAUAGCCAAGAAUAUAAUCCAGAAUAAAUAUAUCAAGUUGCUCUUACCCUCUACAAGCUCAGUGUAAGAGAAGGCUGUUAAAAUUUUUUUUUUUUUGAUUUCAUGAAUUAUAGCCUACAUGAAAUCUUCUAUACCUGAACCUGUAGUUUUAGUAUAUAAUCCCAGCUUGAGAUCCUUUGCUAUACUUUUCUGCUUGACUAAUAGCACAUCCUUGCGUGUGUGAUAGCAUGCUAUUCAAGGAUGAGUAUAUGCACUUCUCAAGUGAAAUCUAUAAAAUAAAGAGGGCAUUUCAUAUUGUAUCCUGCAAAUAUUUGGAGUGUACAUAUAUAAAUAAAAUGAUCUAUUUGAACAAUGAAACGAAUGUUCUCAGCUUGUUUCUGUAGAAAUUACAUGGUGUGUCGAAU